AUGGAAGGCCUCAAUCCGUCCGAUCUGGUCGAGCGAUUGGGGAGCGAUGAAGACCCCGUGCGCAAAAUGGCUGCCUUCAAGCUGCAGAGCAGCAUCGGCGACCCUUCGUUUGCCGACAUUUUCAUCUCAGAGGGCGGCCUGGGCAAACUGCGCUACCUGACUCUGGUCACGACAGGGAAUACCUUGGCCUACAGUCUGACGAGCUUUGCGCGUCUGCUGGAGGUCGACAAGGGCUGGGAAUAUGUCGAUGAAGAGCUUGUUGAGAGGAUAGUCUACCUCAUUGUCACGCAUCCCCUGGUCAACAUCCUCCGCGGCGCCAUGUCAAUGCUCGUCUCGAUCGUUUCGCAUCCUCACAACCCGAGCAGACUGUCCGAAGCUGGUAUACACGGCUUCCGCGCACUGAAGCCCGCAAUCGCAAAGUAUCCGCAGUUUUUGGAGAUGCUGGUCAGCAGGCUGUCCUCCGCAGACCAUGCGCUGUGUGCGAAUGCAUUGCAGCUGAUCAAUUCGCUGAUGCGGGACUCGAUUGCCAACGAUGAAGAAAGCGAGUGGCCCAAGUUUAUUAAGCGACUGCAGGAUCUGGGCGUCAUCCGUGCUGUGUACAUUUUGAUGCAAGGAAGCGCUCUACAGGACCACGCCCAUCCGUUGAUUGAGUUCCAAUCGCUGACCAAGCUUUUACUUCGGAAAUGGAAGAAUGUGGCCGUCGAAUUGGAGAAACCAGAUCAUAGGCGAGCCCUCAAGGGCAUCCAUAUUGCGAGUAACCCGGAAAUGGCCCGAGAAAGCGCCACGGCCGACGACGAUCUUAGAAAGUCUCGCAGGCACAAUCCGGAGAAAUGGAGGCGCCUGGGCUUUUACUCGGAAAGCCCCGCGGGCGAGUUCUACGAGAUGGGCUUCCUCGGUAUGAUGGACCUCACAGACUUUGUCAGGAAGCACCAGGACGAAUUCCAGAAGAUGCUGCUGGAGCAGUCGGCAAGGCCCGCUGAGCAGCGGUGUCCGAUUGCCCGUGCAUCCCUGGCGAUCACUUCGGUUCUAUAUGAGCAUUUCGAAGUCGAGAGAUCAGCUACCGACGAUGCCAAAAAUUACUUGUUGCUUGACUCGCGCUCGAAUUUUGACAAGGUUUUCAAGCCAUUGCUCCUGCAUUGGUCUCGUAUUCAUGUUGCUUCAUUACAUGCUUUCUUCCGUCUCUGGAAAGCCACUAGUGCUGAGAUAGCCGAUUUCGACAAGAUUGUCGAGUUGUUGCGCAUCCUUGUGGAGUCUGUCGUCGGCGGAGCGCCUCGUACAAAGGACGUCCAAGACGUCGAGGAAGAGCUCUCGGCGUUUGAAUACCAACGUCUCCGCGAGCUGCAAAUGGAACUGCUCGAGCUGACGUACGAGGAUGCAUGGGGCCAGCAUCUGCGUCAAGUGCGCGAUGAGCUGCACCAUGAAGCCUUGCAGUUUGUUAAAGAGCAAAGAAUCCGAUGCCUCCUCCAGGGUGCAUGGUUUCCCAACGAGACGAGCACAAAAGUCGAUGGGCCCAACUUUGCAAAGCCAGAUUCGAAGCGAUCCCAAGCAUAUAAAUAUGUACAGCUGUCACAUAACCGCAGAUAUCUGCAUUUUGGCGACUUUGAUUCGGCCAAGGAGAGUGUCCCUUCAUUGGAUACUCUUCCGAACAAAAUUGAUCUUUCCAUCGUCUCGUCGGUCGUGUCCAACGUCUCUGCUUCAUCGGAUGACUCGUCCGGCUCUACCAUCAAAACCUUACCUCAGCAGGCGUCCUCGUUCACCAAAAUCACCAUUCAUGGAUAUGCGCCCAGCUCACCCUCAGGGGCUCCAACAAUGACACCGGGCCACAAUCGCACUGGCAGCAGAUCAACCCAGAGAGAGAUUGCUCUGCUAGUGCUCCGGCCGCAAACGCACAGCAUCGCGUCCGAGUGGUUGGACGGGCUUCUCAUGAUUCUCAACCAGCAACCGAUCACUUCUGAAACCAGCAAGCUAGUGAAUCUCAUCAGCAAUUACGGUCUGAAGAUUCGUCUCUUGAAUGUUCGCUUUGACGAUGCUGCGUUUGCUGGAGAGCCGCCAAAGAUUCCUAGUCGAGAUGGCCUUGAUGAAGAUUAUUAUUAUGAUUUAUUUGGCGGCGCCUAG